AGGGGAAAGAUUUGGUGUUGGGCUUCCCACCCCGGAGCCCGGGGCAAGCAAUUCUCAUUUCCCCUCUAGCCAAAAUGAGCGCGCCUAGGCUGUUUCUUGGUCAGCGGAAGGUAAUGAGUAUUUGUGGGAUGUUAGAUGGAGCCUCAGUUCUUGCAUGUUGGCCGUCUAUAGUUCUGAGCUCUCGAUUCUCAGCCUGCAGACUCGGGGAAACUGCUGGACUCAGGUUUAUCUGCUCUGGGGGAGGGGGCGGGGUGAAGAAUGCAAGCCCACGGAAGGCGUGGGAGGAAAGGGUGGAGUGCCGGCCUCCAGGUUAAGUUACGACUUAAGUGCUCGGGCGGAGGGACCCAACGUGGGGACAUUUUGAGUGUUGUCGCCCCAAGGGGGCCCUGCAAAAGCCGGUUGGGGGCAAGGGGAGAGGACGCAGGAAAAGGGCAGGAUCACAGCGCCAUUGUGUCCCCAAACUCUCCUUUCCCCUCCCGAAAGGGAAAUAGUGCCCACAGCAAGCUGGCGCAUUGCCGCAGCUGCUGAAACAUGCUAUGGCGGGAGGAUUCGAAGGGGGAGGGGUGGAUUUGUAGGCAGUGGGGCCUUAUCUCUCGGUUCUGUAUCUUAUUACCUGUAAGAUCUGGGACAAGUCACUUAAUCAUCGAGAGGCCGCUUCAUUUAAAAAGCAAUAAGGUCGUGGGUCAUACGUUUCUUAAAAAAAAACUGACAGAAACAAUUGGGGGAAGGAUCAAAGGAAGGGGAAGACGUGAGAUGGCAGACGGAACGAGAACUCCCUCCCCCGCUUUUUCCCCGGGGACUUUGUUUUCACGCCUAGUGCAUCCUUCUCCGGGAGUGGAGGUGCAUGAAGCUCACAUGCCCCGGGACGGUGAAAGCUAGGGAAGAAGGGAGGGAGGGAGGAAGAGAAGAAGGGAAGGCGGGAGAAAGAAGGGAGACAGAAGAGGUGGGAGGGCCCAUCCGUGACCCCGCCUCUCAGCCAAUGAGGAGGCAGUGGCUGCCUCUAAGUGGCGGCAGGGCGCAGGGGGUGGAGACUCGCCGAGGCGGAGGAAAGACUAGGUUGGAUUGUGGGGGCCGCGGCGCCAGGAGCAACCUUGAUAGCGGCGGCGGCGGUAGGCGACGGCAACAGCAACAGCAACAGCAACAGUAGCGGCAGCGGCAGGAUCGGGCAGGCUGUGUCUGGGGCUCCCGACACCCUCCACCGAACCCUGGCGAGGGGGGGAGGGAGGGAGGCAGGAGGGGCGGGGGUCCGCAGCACUGCCGCAACCGCCGCCUCCCCCUACCCCCACCCCCAAUUCCGCCCCCGCCCUUGGCUGGAGCUCUGCCUGCCCAGGGCUGUAGCUCGCUAGACUUAAGAGAUCGACAGCAGCUGCGGCUGCGGCUGCGGCUGCGCGGCCUGUGCGGAGCGAGUGCCGCCACUCUUCGGGAGCCCGGAGCCCGGAGUCCAAAGCCCGGAGUCCAAAGCCCAGCGCCUGGGCUGGUGCUUGUCAGUGCGGUGGGGAUUGCGGAGUCUAGUGGUGGCGGCGGCCGAGGACCCGGAAGCCUGCCGAGAUGAUGCCGAUGAUAUUAACAGUGUUCCUGAGCAACAAUGAACAGAUUUUGACAGAAGUUCCAAUCACACCUGAAACAACAUGUCGAGAUGUAGUAGAAUUUUGCAAAGAACCUGGAGAAGGAAGUUGUCAUUUGGCAGAGGUUUGGCGUGGAAAUGAACGUCCUAUCCCCUUUGAUCAUAUGAUGUAUGAACAUCUACAAAAGUGGGGGCCCCGAAGAGAAGAAGUAAAAUUUUUCCUCCGUCAUGAAGAUUCCCCAACUGAGAGCAACGAACAAGGUGGCCGUCAGAUCCAAGAUCAAAGAAAUCAAAGAAAUGGAAUAAGUACAUCUGCUGAGAAACAUACUGAAAAUGGGGUUGGGAAUCCCCGGGUUGAACUUACACUUUCAGAACUCCAGGAUAUGGCUGCUCGGCAGCAGCAGCAAAUUGAAAACCAGCAGCAGAUGUUGGUUGCCAAGGAGCAACGUUUGCAUUUUCUAAAGCAACAAGAACGUCGCCAGCAGCAAUCUAUUUCUGAAAAUGAAAAGCUUCAAAAACUUAAAGAAAGAGUUGAGGCCCAGGAGAAUAAACUGAAGAAAAUCCGUGCUAUGAGAGGUCAAGUGGACUAUAGCAAAAUCAUGAAUGGCAACCUGUCUGCUGAAAUUGAAAGGUUCAGUGCCAUGUUCCAGGAAAAGAAGCAGGAGGUACAAACUGCAAUUCUAAGAGUGGAUCAGCUCAGUCAACAGUUGGAGGAUUUAAAGAAAGGGAAACUCAAUGGAUUUCAGUCGUAUAAUGGCAGAUUGAGUGGCCCUGCUGCAGUGGAAUUGAAAAGAUUAUACCAAGAGCUUCAGAUUCGGAAUCAACUUAAUCAGGAACAGAAUUCGAAACUUCAGCAGCAGAAGGAACUUUUAAAUAAACGUAAUAUGGAGGUUGCUAUGAUGGACAAACGAAUCAAUGAACUGCGUGAGCGUCUUUAUGGGAAAAAAAUUCAGGCACGUCAAAAAGAAAACAUUCCUUUAAACCGGGUUAAUGGAACAUCAUCACCACAGUCAUCCCUGAGUGCAUCUGGAAGAAUAGCAGCAGUGGGGCCUUAUAUACAAGUUCCUAGUGCUGGAACUUAUUCUGUACCAGGUGACCCAGUAAAGCCACAGUCUCUUACUAUUGCUUCAAAUGCAGGUCAUGGAAGAUCUAAGUCUGCUAAUGAUGGAAACUGGUCAGCAUCAAAACAAAACUCAAACGCUUCAGUAAAACCAAUUCAAACAGCUAAUGUGGAAUGGAAGGAAUCAAGCAUGGAUGGGGCUUUCAAGCAAGUAACAAUAUCAAGCCAACCUCUCCCCUUAUCAGCAGUAGCAAGCACUGAAAAGCUGGGCAUUGAUAUUGGAAAAGCAUCACCCUCUAUUCCGGGUACAAGUAAACAGUUGCCUCCGAACUAUGGAACGUAUCCAAGCCCUGUUCCUUUGGGGCCAGGCUCCACAAAUUCUUUGGAACGGAGAAAAGAUGGCAGCCUCCCCAGAUCUGGCACAGGCGUAACGAAUUGGCAGAAACCUGCUCCCCUACCCUCUUCAAGCAACAUACACCAGCCUAGUUCUUCACAACAGAUUCAGCAGAGGAUUUCUGUACCUCCAAGUCCUACAUAUCAGCCAACUGGUCCUCCAUUAUUUCCAUCUGGAGAUGGCAGACCUGAUCUCCCAUUAACUGUGGCUAUUAGACCGUUCUUGGCUGACAAAGGAUCAAGGCCCCAGUCUCCCAGAAAAGGACCUCAGACAGUGAACUCAAGUUCCAUUUAUUCCAUGUACCUUCAGCAAGCUACACCUCCUAAGAAUUAUCAACAGGCUGUGUAUAAUACUCUAAAUAAGUCCGUUAAAGCAGUUUAUGGGAAGCCUGUUUUGCCGUCUGGCUCCACUUCUCCUUCACCGUUGCCAUUUCUUUAUGGGCCUUUGUCUUCAAACACGUCACAGCCACAGCCUCCUUCUGAACUUACUGAGAAAGAUCAGGAACAAGAAAAUGUCCCACCAUCUGGUGAAAACAGUAAUGUGGAAAACAUCCCUCGACCCCUUAGUCCCACCAAACUCACCCCUAUUGUCCAUUCACCUCUUCGAUACCAGAGUGAUGCAGAUCUGGAAGCUCUGAGAAGGAAACUGGCUAAUGCCCCUAGACCCUUAAAAAAACGCAGUUCCAUCACAGAGCCAGAAGGUCCUAGUGGACCAAAUAUCCAGAAAUUGCUGUAUCAGCGCUUCAACACCCUCGCUGGUGGGAUGGAAAGUGCACCUUUCUAUCAACCGAGCAACUCACAAGACUUCAUAGGCACCUUGGCAGAUGUUGAUAAUGGGAAUACAAAUACCAAUGGAAAUCUAGAAGAACCUGUUCCUGCACAGCCUACAGCUCCUCCCCCUGAAGAACCUCCGCCAUCAUCAGAUGCCAAUGAUAACGAAUUACCAUCCCCUGAAACUGAGGAACUGAUUAGCACUGAAACUAUCAUCCAGAGCCCAGAGACUGCGGAAGAUAACAACAACAACGUGGCUGUGUUCCCAGCAGGUGAACAGGAGCCACGCCCCACUGGGGAGGCCAGUUCUCCCAGAGAAGAAGAGGCUCCUCCUCCCCUGGUACCUCCCCCAGCUGGUCUUCUAGUCCCCGUGACAACGAUGCAAAUUAAACGUACUAACCUGAAGAAACCAAAUUCUGAACGGACUGGUCAUGGACUGAGAGUAAAGUUUAAUCCUUUGGCUUUGCUCUUGGAUGCAUCUUUGGAAGGGGAAUUUGAUCUGGUACAAAGGAUAAUCUAUGAGGUAGAAGAUCCCAGCAAGCCUAAUGAUGAAGGUAUCACUCCUUUACAUAACGCAGUGUGUGCUGGCCACCACCACAUUGUCAAGUUCCUGCUUGAUUUUGGUGUUAAUGUGAAUGCAGCUGACAGUGACGGAUGGACGCCUCUACACUGUGCAGCUUCAUGCAACAGUGUCCACCUUUGCAAACAGCUGGUGGAAAGUGGAGCAGCAAUUUUUGCUUCAACUAUCAGUGACAUCGAAACUGCAGCCGACAAGUGUGAAGAGAUGGAAGAAGGCUAUAUUCAGUGCUCCCAGUUUUUGUAUGGUGUCCAGGAAAAGCUGGGCGUGAUGAACAAAGGAGUGGUAUAUGCACUUUGGGAUUAUGAAGCUCAGAACAGUGAUGAGUUGUCAUUCCAUGAAGGGGAUGCCAUAACUAUCCUGAGGCGUAAAGAUGACAAUGAAACUGAAUGGUGGUGGGCUCGCCUUGGGGAAAGAGAAGGUUAUGUGCCUAAAAACCUACUAGGGUUAUAUCCACGAAUCAAACCUAGACAGCGAACCUUAGCUUGAACCUAGGGAGCAGUGCUGUUUUACCAUUGCCAGAAGUCACUGAAGACCUAUCCUAUCAAGAGAAUUGAAGUUGGAGAACUCUCAUUUUAAUGGUGCUCUCAUUAGCAGAAGAAACAUCUGCAGUUUGUAAGUGAGGCCCUUCCUUCUAAAUCUGCCAGCAUCCAUGCAUGGUACUUAUAUGUCCACUAAUUCUGUAUUUUGCCAAUUACACCAUGUCAAAAUAAACAAAAGGCCUUCAAAACGAUCACCCCCUGUUGCCAAUAGAAAUCCCAUAAACUAGUUAGUUGCCAAAAAUUAAAUCAUAUACAUGUAAAGAAUUUCUUACAUCAAAAAGUGUUCUAGAAAUAUCAGGUGAUAGUCAUUACUCAGAAUUGAGAAAAGGCAUUUGUGUACCCUCGGCAUGACUGGAAAAUUGCCCUAGGGGCUUUGAGGCCAACACAUUUGGCUUUAUUUAUAACAAAUGAUUCCUUCAAAGCCAUUGAAAAUGGAGUUUUGGGCAUUCAAAGAGUGGUUAUGAAGUCUUAGAAAGUUCCCUAUAGCUUCACGUGUUGUGUUUCUAACCCCUAAUUAGUCUCCAUUUUGCUUAAUUCUAAUGCCAGCAAAUAAUUUUUUAAAUGGUUUUAAACACAUUCUUUCCCUGUUAACUACAUAAGACAGAUUCCUGCAAACUAUUUGCCAAGUCAGAAGCUUUCUAUUGUAAAAACGCUUUCCCUGUUUACUUUUUCUCUCCCCACUACUCCCAUCAUCUUUUUAUUUACCAAAGGAUUUUUUAUGGGAAUUUGUCAGUGUUAAUUACAAAAUGUGGGUGUUCUGCAUCUAGAUUUUGAUAUCCUAUUUUCAUUUUUGUUGUGGGUCUGCAAGAGGAUGUCAUUCACUUCCAUUAUUGAUUUAUUUAAGUCUUUGUAUUUCUUUGAGACCUCUGGUAUAAAGAAGCUUUAAAAAAAAAGGUUUAAAUGUAUGAUUUAAUUUAUUUGAAGAGCCUAACCUAAGUAGGUUCCCUCACUUCCUGAGUUGACCAAGUUUGUUUAUAAAACCUUCACUGAUUGAUAUGUGUUUCUUAAUACUAAAAGUUUAAAUUUGUUCUAAAAUCUAAAAGCAGUCAGUAACACUGGAACUAAAGUCAAAUUAAGUCAAGAUUUAAAUAGAUGGGAAUAAAAUAGUUGAGCAGAGUCAGAGCUUGUGUAAGUGACUAAGGGAAGCUGUGAUAGUUGAAGGAGUGAACUAACACUGGGAACGUAACUCAGUGGCAGCAUUAUAGUGAAAAAAGGAAAUGAAUCUAUGAGGUGGAAAUUCUAGACAAGGGUAAAAAGAUGGGAGCAUUGAGCCAAGAGGACAGUUGCUAUGGUUCUCAGUAGUCUUAUAUCUAAAAUGGGCCAGUUAUGCAAUAAUGUUGUCCACUAUUUUGUAGAUAAGAAAGAGGAAACUAAAGCACUUCACUGGAAUUUGAAUUAUAAUGUAUAUGCUUUUGUAUACCAAAAGUAUUUUUUUUAUUUUAUCUUUUGAGUUGUAGCCAUGUUAAAAAUGUUUCUCAUUAAAGUGUAGGAUUUUUUUCCAUGUAUAAGUCUUAUGUAUAAUUUAUAUAUGUAUAUCUCUCUCUAUAUAUAUCUCUCUAUAAAAAGUCAAUGCAGUGCUGUAACUGAGUACAUUUUAGCAUUAUUUGUGUAUAUAUAUAUACAUAUAUAUAUAUAUAUAUAUUGUGGUGAUGGAAAGUAAAAGGAUAUUGUUCAAAAAAACUUGCUGUAUGAAUGUGACAGAAUCACUAUUUCUAAAAGAGCUUUGAUAAUUAAUGCUAAUUCUGAUGUAAAUGUGCACAAAUAAACUAUGGUUACCCCUGA